AUGGCCGACUUUGACCUGUCCUUCAUUCCUGCUUUGUACACUCCCUCGGCCUUACUUCCAAUCUCCAGGCACAAAGCUAGUCUCCUGUACACGAUCGAGACAUAUCCAGUUACGGUGAUUAUUGGGCAAACUGGCAGUGGAAAGACCACCCAGCUCCCUCAGUACUUAGAACAGGCAGGAUGGUGCUCCGGUGGAAAAUGUAUAGCGGUCACUCAGCCAAGAAGGGUCGCUGCCACCACAGUCGCUGCCCGCGUCGCCGAAGAGAUGAGAUGUCAAGUGGGUGAACAGGUUGGCUACUCGAUCCGCUUCGAGGAUGUCACUUCAGCCAAGACCAGAAUCAAGUUUCUUACCGAUGGCAUGCUGCUGCGGGAGGCUUUGGUUGACCCGUUACUGACCAGAUACUCGGUCAUCAUGAUCGAUGAGGCGCACGAAAGAUCGUUGAGCUCGGACAUCCUUCUGGGCCUCCUGAAGAAAAUCAUGAAGCGCCGCCCAGAGUUGAGAAUUAUUGUCAGCAGUGCAACCCUCGAAGUUGAAAAAUUUGCAGCUUUCUUCGCCAAUCCAGAGGCCCCUGAUGACCAGCAGCAGUGCCGCAUUGUCAGUAUCGAGGGCCGGACAUACGCCGUCGACACCUUAUAUCUAGAUCAGCCGACUGACAAUUAUGUGGAGAAAGCCGUGCAAACAGCAUUUACUAUCCAUCAACAGGAAGGUCCAGGGGAUAUCCUCGUCUUCCUCACUGGGAGGGAGGAAAUCGAAACAGCCGUACAAAAGCUCUCCGAGUUAGCAUCAACACUACCACCACAAGCUCAAGCGCUUCAACCCCUUCCGCUCUAUGCCGGUCUCAGCACCGACGACCAGAUGUACGUUUUUUCCGAAGCGGCAGAAAACACGCGAAAGGUGAUUCUCAGUACAAAUAUCGCGGAAGCCUCCGUCACAAUCAACGGCAUCGUCUAUGUCGUCGACUGCGGCUUUGUCAAGCUGCGCGCAUUCAACCCAAACACAAACAUAGAGACACUGACCCCUUUCUCCACAUCAAAAGCCUCUGCAACCCAGCGAGCCGGCCGCGCAGGGCGAACGCAACCAGGGAAGUGCUUCCGACUGUACACGCAGCAGUUCUACGCCUCCCUGCCCGCAACGACGACCCCGGAAAUCCAACGCUCGAACCUCGCCCCAGUCGUCCUCCAGCUCAAAGCCCUGGGGAUCGACAACAUUGUACGAUUCGACUUCCUCUCGCCUCCACCCUCACAACUCCUCAUCCGAGCGUUCGACCUCCUCUACGCUCUCGGUGCGGUAGACGACUAUGCGAAACUCACCUCUCCCCUGGGAACGCGGAUGGCCGAACUGGGCGCCGUCCCGCCCAUGAUGGCGAAAUGCCUCCUGACUUCCUCCUCACCGCAAUUCGACUGCCAAGCCGAGAUGCUUACCCUCGCCGCAAUGACUUCCCUGCAAGGUAACAUCUGGUUCCACCACGAGGGCCAGAAGAAAGCCAUGGAGUCUUCGCGCCGGAAAUUCGCCGCCGAAGAAGGCGACCAUCUCACGCUGUUGAACGUCUACCAGGCAUUUGUGACAAAGGGAAGGAAAGAGGCGAAAUGGUGCCAUGACCAUCACCUGAAUUUCAAGAGUAUGCAGCGCGCAGUGAGUAUCAGGAAACAGCUGUGGCGAUAUCUCGAGAAGCUUGGGGCCGCAAAAGGAGACGACCCGUCCGCACCUGCGGCCGCUCAACACCAGAACAAGGCACAAAACAUCCUCAAAUGCCUGGUAAUGGGGUAUUUCUCGCACGCCGCGAAAAUGCAACCCGACGGAUCGUUCAAGUCCGUGUCUGGAAACGUCACGAUGCAUGCCCAUCCGACGAGUCUCAUGUUCAACAGGAAAGCAGAGUACGUCAUCUUCCACGAGUUAUUGGAGACAGGGGACAAAGUGUACAUCAAGGAUUUGAGCAAGGUGGAGAAGGGCUGGUUGGUCGAGUUUGGAGGCGGCUAUUACAACCUCAAGAGCUGA